AAAACUUUUGGUAGAUACUCCUCCGGUAUUUGUACGAAUGAAAUAAUUCUUCUCGAGCACCACGUGAAAAUUUUACAAAUUUCUUGUUUGAGAGUGAAAUUUUGCAAAAUUAUAGAGGUGGAACUGCAAUUAUUUUCCAAAACGCCGUGAGCCGGUCCGGUGAAUCCACGGCAAUCCAGCUUUUUCCAAUUCUCCGAUGUCCAGAUCCUCCCUUCUCUCUCGAUUCUAACACAGAACUAUGCACAUAUAACUUGCUCAAACGAUCACACAUGAAUGCUAGUGGUAAUUAAUAUUAUGUACUAUGAUCCCCGACAUGAAUGAAUGCUAAUGGCAUCGAAGCUAACCCCAACAAUCAUUACAUGGCUAAUCCUUCCCACUUGUCUUCUGAUCUUUCUUUACUCCUCACUCCUCCCGUUCUAUACCGCCCCAAACUCACGUUCUUCCGACUCCAAGAAUCAGAUUUUAGCCCCACCCCAAUGCAAACUCUUCAAAGGGCGUUGGGUUUUUGAUCCCAAUCACAAACCCAUGUACAAUUCAACCUGCCCAUUUCACAGAAACUCUUGGAAUUGCAUUAAGAACCAGAGAGAAAACAUGGGUCGUAUCAAUUCUUGGAAAUGGGUUCCGGAACAGUGCGAUUUGAACCGGAUAGACCCUGCUAGAUUCUUGGGUUUGAUGAGGAAUAAGAAUAUUGGGUUUGUUGGGGACUCUUUGAAUGAGAAUUUUUUGGUGUCCUUUUUGUGUAUACUUAGAGUAGCUGACGCUGGUGCCAAGAAGUGGAAGAGAAAGGGAGCAUGGAGAGGGGCUUAUUUUCCAAAAUUUAAUGUCACUGUGGCUUAUCACCGAGCAGUUUUGCUGGCAAAAUAUGAGUGGCAGCCUCAAGAAUCUGAAUUGUCUGAUAAAGAUGGAGUCAGGGGUACAUAUCGAGUGGAUAUUGAUAUUCCAGCAGAUGAUUGGGCUAAUAUUGCUGAUUUCUAUGAUGUUCUUGUCUUUAACACUGGUCAUUGGUGGGGCUAUGAUAAAUUCCCGAAAGAGAAGCCUCUUGUUUUCUUUAAGGGUGGAAAACCAAUACAUCCUCUAGAAAUGUUGGACGGGUUUAAAGUUGUUGUUGAGAGUAUGGUAGCUCACAUUGAGAAAGCAUUCCCCAAAAAGACACUCAAAUUCUGGCGGCUACAAUCACCGAGACACUUUCAUGGCGGUGACUGGAAUCAGAAUGGCAGUUGCUUGUUUGACAAUCCCCUCGAGGAACUUCAGCUUGACUUGUGGUUUGAUCCCAGUAAUAAUGGAGUGAACAAGGAAGCAAGACAACUGAAUCACCUCAUUGAGUCGGCACUAAAGGGGACAAGUAUCAGAACACUCGAUCUGACUCAUAUGAGUGAGUUCAGAGCAGAUGCGCAUCCAGCGAUUUGGUUAGGAAAAAAGGACGCAGUUUCUGUCUGGGGUCAGGAUUGCAUGCACUGGUGCCUACCAGGUGUUCCGGAUACAUGGGUCGAUAUCUUGACACAACUGAUUGGAUAUAGCUUGGAGAUGGGGUGAAAGGAGCAAAGGGAUUCUAUGAAAUUGGAUUUAGAAUUGCGGUUGCUCCCAAUGACUCUAGUAGAGAAUGAUUUCAUCCUAGAAGCAGGACAAUUAAGUUGCAGGUAGUUUCUUAGGACACAUAAAUUGAAUUGCCAUUUCCUUUCAUUGUAUUUUUCAUAUAUGGAGUUAGUUUAGUACAUCAUAAAGAUAGCCGGAAUUUUUGUAUCUUAUAUUUUAUUUAGUUUGUAUUGUUUUGAGAAAAGAGGUCCCUAUAGCAAAGCUAGAAUACUAUAAAAUUCCGAUAAGAACAUAUUUUGAGCUGUAAAAGCUUCCAAGGACCUUUUCUUUUCCUA